UCACUGGAGGCGUUCUCGUUCCGCCGCCGCGCGCCGCCACUUAAAUUUCUACUCCUUUUCAGAUAUAGAAAUAUAUACUUCACAUAGAAAGCGUAUGUACUGUACUUUCCCAAAAUCCAGUACGCCAUUUUUAGGGUUUAACUAACUGCUUUAGCUUUUUAUUUGCUUGAGGUAUUAGCUGAAGUGAUGGCUGACUGGCAACAAUUCCUUCAAUCGGUGUUCUUCGGUGUCGUUUUCUCUUUCCUGCUCGCGAAGCUCUUUUCUGUAAUCUUCGCCUUCCGUGAAGAGAACCUCCGAAUCACGCGUGCGCAUUCUCCGGAACCCAAUCGGGAACGCGGAUCUAUAGAUUCUUCCUCUAGUUCUUUGGAGGAAAAAGAACCGUUGAUUGGUGGAGACGGAAGAUCGAAUAAUGAAAGUCUCGGACUUGGUGAUGAUAGUGAUAGUGAUGAUGAUUGGGAGGGCGUUGAGAGCACCGAGUUGGAUGAGACAUUUAGUGCUGCCACUGCGUUCGUUGCAGCAACUGCUGUUGAUCGGGCGGCACUGAAGGUCUCGAAUGAUGUCCAGUUGCAGCUUUACGGGUUGUAUAAAAUUGCGACUGAGGGACCAUGUUCUGCUCCCCAGCCUUCCGCUCUCAAAAUGACAGCUCGUGCCAAAUGGCAAGCAUGGCAUAAGCUGGGUGCCAUGCCUCCUGAAGAAGCAAUGGAAAAGUACAUUGACAUUGUUACUGAGUUAUACCCCACUUGGGCUGCUGGUUCUGGCACUAAGAAAGAAGAUGAAAGGAGUAGUGAUGCACCUAAUGCAGGGUCAAAAGGACCUAUGGGGCCUGUUUUUAGCUCCUUUAUGUACGAGGAGGAAUCUGGAUCUGAGUUGAAAUUGGAUGCUGUACAUGCAUUUGCUCGAGAAGGAGAUGAAGAGAAGCUGCUCAAGUGCAUCGAGAGUGGUGUCCCCUUAGAUCUGAAGGAUAGUGAGGGUCGAACUCCUUUGCACUGGGCUGUAGAUCGAGGCCAUAUGAAUAUCACAGCGUUGCUUCUGAACAAGAAUGCUGAUGUUAAUGCUAAGGAUGAUGAAGGUCAGACCGCAUUGCAUUAUGCUGCUGUUUGUGAGAGAACUGCCAUUGCUGAGCUACUUGUGAAACAUGGUGCUGACAUAGAAGUGAAGGACAAUGAGGGAAAUGCACCUAGGGAUCUCUGUGAAUCGGGGUGGCCAGGGUUGAAGCUCAUAUCUAAAACAGCUGACUAGUUGUUGACUUAAUGUUUUUGCCUCUACUUCAGAUUAAUAAUUCCACUCUUGUACAUAAUACUCGUAACUCCUGGAGUUCACUCGUGAUCCCUGUAUAUUGAGGGCUUUGUUAUGCUUAAGUUAUAGGGUUUCGUCUUAUAUUGACAUCUAAACAUUGAGUGAUUUUUUUAACC